AUGCCUCCUAAGCAGCGCCGGAAGCGUCAGGCGCUGCCGCAGCUGCGCAGCUUGGCGGAGCUGCCUUCACCGCUGUUGGGGCACAUCGCCGGCAGCCUAGAAGAGCCGAAAGAUCGCAACGCGCUGCGCGCGACGUGCCGCCAGCUGCGGCUUGCUGUCUGCGGCACCGCAAAAGAGGUGUUCUUCGCGCUUGACGAAGCCAAGGCAGACGGCGGCACGGGUGGCGGCGCCGCGGGCAUGCACCAUUUCGCUUCAAACUGCAGCCUUUGGCUGCAUGUCGAAGCCCUGCGGCUGGGCGGCAUCAAGCAGGUCCGGCACCCGUACCCCCAUGCCGCGUGGUACGGGGGCCUGCGUGCGCAGCACGCCGCCGCAACUGUGGACCUUAUCACGAGCGUAUCGAA